AUGUACAUCUGAGUAUGGUAUUUUUAUACUAUGUGGAAAGGGGGUGGAAUGUUGGCCUACACGUUGUGUUUUAGACAUGAAAAACAUGGCUCCCUUUUCGCCUUGUGGGUCGGUGCUCCAAGCUCUCGCUGUUUUCGGUCUUUUGAUACUCUCACCAGAGCUGGUCUCUGGAGGCAAAGUGCUUAUGAAUGCCCUUCUAGGCGAAGGUAGUCACUUCUACUGCAUGGCGGCGAUUGGGGAAAGCCUGGUCCGGCAGAACCACAGUGUCACCAUGUUGAUUAGUAAUGCUUUCGAGCACCGGGCCAAGGAUGAAAAAUAUUCACAUAUCUUCGCCUUUGAGGUAUUUAACCACACCAUUCCUCUUGAGGACGUCCAUGGUCAGUUUGACGCUUUCAACCGGAGAGCCUUCUCUUCGGCCACUUUGCAGAUGAGAACAUUACUGGAGAUCAUGAAAGAUGGACGAGCGAUUGAUUGCGACACCAUAUUGGGGGACCAACGUUUCAUGAAUCGCCUCAGGGACAGUUCUUAUGACAUUCUGGUUUAUGACUUGAUUUGGUACUGUGGCCCAUUGAUUGCUAAGAGUAUUGGGAUUCCGUAUCUCACUUUGGUUUCUUUUCCCUCACCCUGUACAUACAGUGACAUAUACCUCCGGGAUGGAUCAAUGAACCCAUCCUAUGUUCCUGAAGUAUUCUCGGGUUUUACCAACAAAAUGACGUUUGGACAGCGUAUCCUGAAUGUUUUACAAACUUUUCUUGUCAUGGGAGUAGUCUAUGAUCUCAAGAAGCCCUAUGAAGAGUUGAUCGAUAGAUAUAACAUCACGGAAGACAGUAUUGCAGACGUCAUGGCGCAGAACGAGCUUUUCCUGAUGAAUACGGACUUCGCUCACGAAUUUCCCUGCCCACUGCAUCCAAAAUUAAAACCAGUCGGAGGACUUACGACCCGACCCUCGGCCCCGUUGUCACCAGAGCUCGAGACAUUCAUGGAAAGUUCUGGGGAACACGGCGUCAUAGUCUGCACAACCGGAACCUACUUCACGGAUGUCCCUAUCAGAAUCGUCAAAGCGUUCUCGGAGGCAUUUGCCCAACUUCCUCAGAAGGUCGUCUGGCAGUUGGCAGCUGAACUAGAUGACAUUCCCAACAACGUCAGGGUCCUACCUUGGAUACCUCAGAACGAUAUUCUAGGACAUCCAAAGACCAAGGUGUUGCUUUACCAGGGUGGUAACAACGGGUUCUUUGAGGCCAUCUAUCACGCUGUGCCCCUCGUCACAUUCCCUAUCCACGCGGACCAAUAUGAUGUCGGUGCUCGCGUGGUGGCUCGAGGCAUAGGACGCAACAUCGACAAAACGACGAUCACCGCCGAUGUCCUCCUGGAAGCCCUCCAGGAUGUCAUCAGCAACAGCUCCUACCGACAAGCGAUGAAUCGAGUCUCGGCCAUCUUCCACGAUCGACCUCAGCGACCUGCGGAUAGGGCUGCCUUUUGGGUCGAACACGCUAUGAAACACGGUGGUAGUUAUUUGGAUUCCACAUCUUAUGGGCUGAAUUACUUUCAACGAAAUCUUAUUGAUGUGUUUCUGUUUAUUGGUUCAUUUCUGUGUGCAGUUUGUUGGCUCUUGUAUCGGAUACUGAAAGCAUUCAUCAGUUUUUGUAUCUUCAGGGUUUCGCGACAUAGAAAGUCUGAAUGAACUAUAAUUUGCUUGUAACCGUUUUUAUAAUUUCAGAAGAAAAAAAAAUCAAAUUCAUGAUUGCAAGAGGCUUUAGGCUCUAUGUUGAUUGCAAUAUUUGGGCCUUGUUUGUUAAUUUAUCCAAACGUUUUUUUAAAAUGGAAAUGUCUAUAGGUUUGCAAUAUCAAACUUCAAAUCACAAUGCAAAAAAAUAAAACUAAGCUAAAAGAAUGUGCAAUAAAAAACUGAUGUGAGUUGAUAACAUGAACCCUCACCCACUUCCUAACUGUGAUAACCUAUUGUAAAAAUAGCUAUUAUUUCAGUUCACGCACAGAUUUAAACACAAAAUAAUAAACAGUCACAGGUUUAAGUUAACCGCCCCUGGCAUUUCAGUGGUGGAUUCCUAAUUGUUUAUCAUCAAUUUGUUUUCUUUUUGUGAUGUUUUAUCUUUAUUCAACGAAUGAAAUGAAAAUAUUGAUAACACUAAAACCAGUCCUUCCAUUUCAUAUGAUUUUGAACUAAAGCUGGCGAUAUUUUACUCAAAAGGUCUUCAUCACGUUUUUACCCGGUUAAAAUUCUCAAUUCGUUAGUUUGUUUUGAUAAUCCUACAAUUACAUCUUCUUCGACCAAGUUUUAAUAAUAUUAUUUGAUUUGUAUUUCAUUCCAUCAUUUUCUUUUUCGGUUCAGCAGCUUCCCUCAUGUGCAUGUUUUGUUGUUGUUUUUCUUUUGUGUUAUAGAUGAAUCCGACCUGAAAGCUCAGUAUUUCUGGCAGCCAUAACUUGUGGUGUCCAAUUGAGAAUAAAAGCUCGUUCAAUUGGUCCCAAUGAGCUAAGCGUGUGGCAAUGCCAGUACAUACAUUUGCCCGUAUUCUGAAGUCAGGUUUAACUUAAACUCAGGUUUAAAGUUCGGUUUAAUUAUGGAUAGCCAAUUGUUACAUAAAUCACUGAGAGUAGAGAUAUCAUAUUUCAGCUCAUUUUGCUCUCAAAUCAUUCAUAACUGUCUAGAAAGUAUAAAAAGAUAAUUGUCUUCACCAUCGAUGAAUCAAGAAAAAGCACAGUAAACAUAAAAAACAUACAACUUAAUAAAAAUUUUGACACUUUUGGCUCCAUAGAUGGAGCAAACACAACAAGCCAACAAAUACGUAUAUUUUGUACAGCACCUGUAAAUCUUCGUCGGAAAAUAGCAAUUUAUUUUUCUAUGCGGAAUUAAUAUCACAAAAGAUAUGCUUUUUAUAAAUAUAAUAAAUAUUUCCAUCUGUCGAAUGAGCGCUUAAAAAACCAUUAAUAUUAAUAAUUAGUUUGUAUCUGAUUUGUUUAACCUGUUUUCAGUUUGGUAACCAGAUGUAAACUAUGUCAUGAGCUUUUUAUACUAUUUCUAGAAUGAAUAAAGACGUAUUUGA